UUGUUGUACUUCUAAUGGACGUUGGCGAUCAGCUUUCUGUCCUGGAAGCAGCCUCAGCUCUAUCCUUGACCACCAAGCAUGCCUUCUUCACGUUUACGAAAACACCCUACGAUGAAAACAUCCAAAGCGUUCUUGGGCUGAAAUAUGAAGACAUGAUGCAACCAGUGUUUUAUAAUGACAGCAUAGUUCCAGGCACCAGCAUCUUUGAAAGCUUGUUCGUGAUAGGUUACACAUUUCCUAGUGAUAGUUUGCAGAACAGAACUGCUCUUGAGUCAGUUAGAAUCAAGAGAGAUGUAAACAUUAAUACAGACUUCACAUCUUUACACUCAAAUGGAGCAGACUUCACAUCUUUGCACUCAAAUGGAGCAACAGGCAUAUACCAAAGAAGAAAAGGAAAAAAAGGUCACACUGAUGAUAAUUCUCUUAAAAUGCAUGAUUUCAAAGUUAGGAAGGAAAGUCAUGAUAUUUUGUAUCGACAUCAGUCAGGUAAAGUUAUAGUUAAAAGACAGGCUGUAUCGGCAAAUGUAGAUAACAUGUCACAGGGUUUUCAAGGAAUUACAGAUGAUACACAUAAAAUGUCGUCAUCAGAAAACAGUUCCAUGGUCGCGCAGGCGCGACUGAUAAAAAAUAACAACGACAGUGCCACGAUUCAAAGUUCGGAUAUUAAAACAUCACAGAAUAUCGAAGAUGUCUUUAUAUUACAUUCAAAUGCUUCCCAACAUGUACGUCAACAGAACACAUCCAGUGAUUUGCCAGAAAAAAAUGUUCAUCCGAAAACAUCUGAUUCCCUUGUUUUUGAAAGUGAAUACCAAAUAUUACCAUCUAAAGCAAAUCUGGACAUGGAUCCAAUGUUGAACCUGCAUCCUAUGCUAGCAGCAAAAUUCCGAUCCAAGCGAGACAUUGAGACCUACAUCCCAUCUGGUGCCGAUAGCUCUGCUACAUAUGACCUCGUCUUUCUUUUGGCAUACGCUGUACACCUGCUGACGAAGACAACAAACAGCGUCCCCUUUACAGACCAGCUCAUCGCCUCUAUGGCCAAUUUAAGUUUUCCGGGACAUUCUGGAAGGUUCGAGAUCGACCCAGGGCAGCAAGUGAGCUUUGACUUCCAGGUGUAUGAUUUUAAUGUUACAGCGGGCGCAAUGAAGCCUACAGUUUAUUACCUGGCUGCAUCCAGUGAAACCUGGGUGCUAGGUCAACAACACCCCUUGAGAUGGCCUGGCGGGAUUAUACUGUCUCCAGAUGAAUGUUUCAAACAACAGCCUGGAUGUGAUGACG